CAAGCCAAGCAUGUAUGUUUUACAACCUUAUAUUACAAAUUUUCAAAUAUUUAUUCCUGAAUGUGUAUAUAAAUUAAAAAAUAUAUAUGACGUAAAUUUAAUUGUGGAUAAAAUUAAUGAAUUUGAUAUUCUUGACAGAAGGAUUGAAAAAAUUAUAUUAAAUCAAAAACAAGUUCUAAAACAAAUUGCAGAGAUCAAGCAAAGUCUUUAUCCAGAUAUUGCUAAUCAGAAGAAUAUUUUUAUAAAGAAGUUAAUUAUUUAUAUUUAUCCUCAACAUCAUUCUUCAUAUUCAUUAUUAUUUUUAUUAUAUCUUCUUACAAAAAAUGACUCAAUGGCAAUUACUACUUAUGUUCAUUCAUCCUUUAAUAAUUCGAAAUAUAAUGGUUUGUUCAAAAAUUUUACCAAAGUAUUAUCACCCUCAGAUAGAAAAACUGAUUUUGAUGUAGUUUGCAUUUUGACAAAUUGUUUCAAUCCAAUAAUUUAUCAAAACUCAUGUAAAAUUGAGGGCGGAGUGAAUGCGUGCAAAUUAUUAUGGAGGCAAACAAAUAAUCAUAGCCAAAUAUCCGAAAGUCAAGCCAUUUUGAUUGAUUUAAUCUGCGAGAUGUUUAUUCGUAUCGAAAUGUCUAUGCCAGAAUGCAAAAAUAGGUGUCCAAGUUUUAAAGACGAAGCUUCCGAAAACGUGCUUGGGACUAUUUUUAACGAUUAUGUUAAACCCAGGGAAAACGUUCUUUAUCUUUUCAACGAAAAAUUGACCUUAGCCGAUGUUUUAAUCUGGGGGUUGAUGUUUGAGCUGACACAGAAAAAUGAUAAAAUUACGAAAUUGACGUCAAUCAUUACCUGGAAUCAAUGGUUCAAUAACUGCAACAAAAAUCCAAAUUUUAAAUACGUUUAUGAACUUUUAAAAUAAUGGCAUUAUUUAUUUUUAUUAUUAUAUAAACCUCUUUCAUCUUAUAUUAGAAUUCGAUCAAAAUGUUAUUCACGAUUCAAUUAUAAAAUAUCAAAAAUAAUUUUUUUUUAUCACAAUUAUUUAUAGUAUAUAAAAUUUAGCAA